GCCGCAGAACUCCGGGCGCAUGGAGGCUAUAGAGGUGUCCGAGCCGAGCGGCCAGGGGGCCACCCCCGAGCGUCGUGGGCCUCGCUGCCAGCUUCUGCCCGGCUUCCGAGAGGAGCUGCGGGCGCUCCUGAUUCUGGCGGGCCCCGCGUUCUUGGCCCAGUUGAUGGUGUUUCUGAUCAGUUUCGUGAGCUCCGUGUUCUGUGGCCACCUGGGGAAGCUGGAACUGGACGCCGUCACCCUUGCGAUUGCGAUGAUCAACGUCACUGGAAUCUCGGUGGGCUUUGGCUUAUCUUCUGCUUGUGACACCCUCAUCUCCCAGACGUAUGGGAGCCAGAACUUGAAGCACGUGGGGGUCAUCCUGCAGAGGGGCACCUUGGUGCUGCUUCUCUCCUGCUUCCCCUGCUGGGCACUCUUCGUCAACACCCAGAACAUUCUGCAUCUCUUCAGGCAGGACCCAGCCGUGUCCAGGCUUACCCAGGACUAUGUCAUGAUCUUCAUUCCUGCCCUGCCUGCAAUCUUUAUUUACACGUUACAAGUUAAAUUUUUGCUCAACCAGGGAAUCAUACUGCCCCAGAUCCUCACCGGAGUUGUCGCCAAUCUUGUCAACGCCCUCAUCAACUAUCUGUUUCUCUAUCAACUGGAUCUCGGGGUGAUGGGGUCGGCACUGGCAAAUACCAUUUCCCAGUUCACCCUCGUGCUGCUCCUCUUCCUGUACAUCCUCUGGAGGAAACUGCACCAAGAUAUCUGGGGAGGGUGGUCCCUUGAGUGUCUGCAUGACUGGGCCGGCUUCUUCGACCUGGCCUUCCCCGGCAUGCUCAUGCUGUGCAUUGAGUGGUGGGCCUACGAGAUCGGGAGCCUACUGAGCGGUAUCCUCGGCAUGGUGGAGCUGGGAGCCCAGUCCGUGGUGUAUGAAGUGACCGUCAUUUUGUACAUGAUACCUUCAGGCUUCAGUGUGGCCACCAGUAUCCGGGUAGGGAAUGCGCUGGGCGCUGGAGACAUCGAGCAGGCCAAGAAGUCCUCAACUGUCGCCUUGCUGGUCACAGGAGUCUUUGCUAUAACCUUCUGCGUCCUGUUGUUAAUUUUUAAGGAUCUGGUGGGGUACAUUUUCACUAGCGACCGAGAAAUCGUGGCUCUGGUCGCUGAGGUGAUUCCGAUCUGUGCUGUUUCCCAUGUGUUCGAAGGUCUUGCUUGCACAAGUGGUGGCAUCCUGCGGGGAAGUGGCAACCAGAAGGCUGGGGCCAUGGUCAAUGCCGUCGGGUAUUACGUGGUUGGUCUCCCUGUCGGGAUCUCGCUGAUGUUCCUGGCCAGACUGAAAGUGCUUGGUCUGUGGUCAGGGAUCAUUAUCUGUGCGAUCACGCAGUGCCUGUGCUUUUUCAUCUUUAUUUCUCAGCUAAACUGGAAGAAAGCCUGUGAAGAGGCUCGGGUACAUGCCAAUGUGAGACUAAAUGUGGUCCGGACUAGGACCCAGUCUGUGGCCCAGCCUGCAGUCUAUCAGAACAUAGCGGUGGUCCCAAGGAACCAGCGAAGAGUGUUAAGGAGAGCUGUUGUACAAAGAGACGAGACUCCAUUGGAUCUGCAAAUGAGCCAAGACGCUAGGAUGACCGGGAGACAGUUGGUGCUGUGGCGUGGGCUCUUGCUCCUGGGGGUCAUUUCAAUCUUGCUCCUAGGGAUUUUACUGAGAGUGUAUAUCAGAGUUGAGGGAUAGGCAAGAGAGAGUCAGGUCGAGCGAUACUUUUUGAGUUUACAAGUAACGCACCGGCCAAGCGGUGGAAAUUUGUUUUCAGUUAAGCAGUUCUACUUUGUGAGUUUACAAGUAACGCACAGGCCAAGCGGUGGAAAUUUUUCAGUUAAGUAGUUCUACUUUUUGAGUUUACGAGUAACGCACCGGCCAAGCGGUGGAAAUUUGUUUUCAGUUAAGUAGUUCUACUUUUUGAGUUUACAAGUAACGCACAGACCAAGCGUUGGAAAUUUUUCAGUUAAGUAGUUCUACUUUUUGAGUUUACAAGUA